CAGCAGUGGAGGUGGAGAGUCCCAAAGCCAGCCAGCCAGCCAGCCAGACGGGAGAAUUUUACAAAGUCUUUUUUGGAGGAAACGCCGCCAGAAGCCACUUCCUGCCAACUUGCGCGCCUCGAGCCCCGAACUUUCCCCGCGCCGCCUCGGACCCCGCGCGGCAGGAGCGCUUCUCUUUCGGGGGUGCGCACCAAACGGCUUUAAAGUAAAACAUAUUUUCUUGACUUUGAAUAUUUAAAAAUGAAAACAUUUCAUUUUUGGAUAACCUUGGCACUUUUUGUAACUGGAUCUGUCAUCAGUGAAGGUUCAGAAAGAGACUUUUCCAGCCUGAAUAACUCUGGAACCUCUGCCAAAGAAAUGGAAGAUAUAUUAAUUACUCCUGCCAGUCAGCCCAACAAUAACAGAAGUGAUUGUCGAAAGGGUCCCAGAAUGAGUAAUACUUUUAAACAUAUCACUACAGUAAUUUCUUGCGCAAUAUUCAUCAUUGGGCUUGUUGGGAAUGCAACUCUUCUGCGGAUAAUUUACCAGAACAAAUGUAUGAGGAAUGGACCCAAUGCACUGAUAGCCAGCCUGGCCUUGGGAGAUCUCAUCUACAUCAUCAUAGAUAUUCCUAUCCACAUAUAUAAGAUUCAGUUUCCAAUGGCCUAUGGGAGGACACCUUUUGAACAAUUUCUUUGCCGUUUAGUUCCUUUUAUUCAAAAGGGAUCUGUGGGAGUCACUGUUCUUAAUCUCUGUGCUCUAAGUGUAGACAGGUAUCGAGCAGUUGCUUCCUGGAGUCGUGUUCAGGGAAUUGGUGUCCCCUUGAUUACUGCCAUUGAAAUUUUUUGUAUUUGGGUUCUUUCCUUCGUCCUGGCUAUUCCAGAAGCAAUGGGUCACACCACUAUUGAUCAUCCUUAUGAUGAAGAUCAGUACAAAGUCUGUUUGCUAGUAGCAAACAGCAGCUUCUUGAAAUUUUACGUUACAAUAAAAGACUGGUGGCUCUUUGGUUUCUAUUUCUGCAUGCCACUUGCUUGCACGGCAUUCUUUUAUACCCUGAUGACCUGUGAAAUGUUGAACAGGAGGAAGAGUAAUUUGAGAAUUGCUCUCAGUGAACAUCUUAAACAGCGCCGAGAAGUUGCUAAAACAGUUUUCUGUUUAGUUGUGAUUUUUGCUCUUUGCUGGUUUCCUCUGCAUCUAAGUCAGCUACUGAAAUCAAUGAAGUAUUACGAACAUGACCCCAAUAGAUGUGAAUUCCUCAGCUUUUUGUUGACUAUGAAUUAUGUCAGCCUUAACCUAGCAACCAUCAAUUCCUGCAUAAAUCCUAUAGCACUCUAUUUUGUGAGCAAGAAGUUCAAAAAUUGUUUCCAGUCAUGCCUCUGCUGUAUCUGUCAUCGGACAGGAAAUCAGAUGUCCUCUGUCCCCAUGAAUGGGACCAGCAUUCAGUGGAAAACUAACGAACUGAAUAACCACAACACAGAACGGAGCAUCCACAAAGACAGUUUAAAUUGAGAUUCAGCAAAUAUUGUGUUUCUGAAUCUAAGGAAAAGACAACAGAUAUGAUAUCUACGAUUGAAUAUACUUAUUUAUUUGGAAGCUCUGUGCUCUAGCAGAUAAUUCCAGAGAUAAGCAGAAAGAACAGAUGUGCAUAAGUGAGUCCCUAAAUGGAUUCCAAAUGGUUCUUUUUCUUAUAAAGAAAUUCAUUUUUGGCAAAAACAAGAGGAAUCAACCGGUACUCAUCAAAGUAUUCACAGAUUCCAGCCAGAAUAUGUAGCUGUAUGUUAUGUUACAUAUUCUGUUAUAUAAUUUUAAUUUUAUAAUCUAAAUGAAUUUUCUUGAAUGUCAAGAAUUGUGAAAACAUGGGACCUGUAUCUAGUCUGUACUAUCAACAUUCUUUUGUCAGGAAAUAUUUUAGCUAUAUACUAGGUAGUCCUCAACUUACAACUAUAAUAGGGACUGGAAAAUUUGUUAAGUGCUGCUUUCACAAAGGGAAGUAUCACAUGUCUACAUCCAAUUUUACCACCAUUUUUACAUAGUCAAGUGUAAAAUAAUUAUCCAUAGUUAUCAAGCAAGAUAUCACCUGACUAUGGCUUGAGACCUUCCUCCAGGCUUCUUUGCUGACUUUGUUAGAAACAAACUGCUGGGAAAGUUGCAAAUGGUGAUCGUGUGACUGCAGGAUGUUGCAACCAUCACAAAUAUGCAAUGAUUAGCAAGCUACUGGAAAAUUAUCUUUUGUGGGUUAGAUUUUUCCAACCACUUGUUUGUGGGUACAGAUAUCAUAUCAGGACUUAGCAUUUAUGGCAUAAACAUGUCCACAAGGUAGAGCAGUGUAUUAGCAGGCAAAUUUUAAAUAAACUAUAUAAUCAUGUGACUGUAAUCACCAUGUGACUAUAAUCAUGUGACCGCAGAGAUCUGACUGCAAUCAUAAUUAUGUGGCUGCAGAGAUGUUGUGACGAUUGUAAAUGUGAGAAACAAUCAAAAAUUACUUUUUUCAGUACUGCUGCAACUUUGAACAGUUGUUAAAUGAGUGGACAUUAAGCAAGGACUACCUGUAUUUCAUGUUCAGAAGCAUGUUCAGCCAAAAACAUUUUUAUAACUAAUAUAUGUGUUAGAUUAGAUCUAAGCAGUAUUUUAUAUGUUGUAAUGUAACAAAUGAGAAAUAAUUUGGAAAUUUAUUUUUUGUUGGGGGGGGGCGUUGGCCAACCACUGGUUUGUGGGUACAGAUAUAUCAGGACUUAACAUUUAGGACAUGAACUUAUGCCCCAAAAGGUAGAGCAGUGUAUUAGCAGGCAAAUUUUAAAUAAACCAUAUGCAGACACAAAAUGAUAUAUGUUCUCUGUGAAAAUACCUUUUUCAAUAGCUAUACAUAUUUGUCCGUAGCAAAUGAUUCCAAUGUUGAAAUGUCCUCACUUUUUUAUUACGUUCAACUGGAAUCUAUCUUCUGACAAAUUAAGACCAUUAUGCCAUAUCUAUCACUCUAUUUGUGAUAGUUAUUCAGAUAUUUGAAAAAAUGCUUUUAAAUUUCCCCUCAGAUUUUUCAAGGUCAAACAUAUCCACAUCUUCUCAUUUCUUCUCAAAAGACUUAUAUUUCCUUGUUAUCCUUCUAUGCAUCUUUUUCAGUUUCUCAUAAC